AUGACUUGCUAUACCACAAUUUCAUGUUUGACACAUGAUGACAUCGAGUCAUCUCCAAUAACUCAAGAGCAGAUUGAAGAAGCAGCAAUUGUGGAAGCAAUCAUCUGUGCUGAAGAUGAAUAUGGGAUGUCAUCUUGUGACGAAUCUUAUAAAGACUCCAAUUGGAAACCUUUACCACAUGAAGAAAACUCAAUGUAUCAAGAAAAAAGUAGUGGGCCAACUGGUAGUGAUAAAGAGCAUACAGCUCGGAGAAGGCUCUUCACUGACGACAACAAAUCAACUGACAAUGACUCAAAAAGGAAAUUUCUCUUGGAUUCUCUGAAUUCCAAUAUGGAAAUUUAUAAACGCCAGAGAAAGGAUUUGGAGAAAGCUGGGAACACAAGUUCCGCAAGAAGAAAAGGAAGGAGAAUUCUUCAAUAUAAAGAGGCGAUUGAGAAGGUGAAACAUGGAUUGGAGAUUAACAUCGACAGCUUGCCUGACCCGGUUCCAGAUGAGCAACCAGUACAACCAGAACCACAAAUAAAUACCAAUUAUCAGCCACCAGCAGAAGCCCCUGACACUACCAAGAUUCCCAAGCUACCAGGGAAAAAACGAAAUUAUUGUUUGUUCUGCGAGAAAUUAGUGAAGGAGUAUGCUGUACAUAUCGAGAGGCACCAUGCUGACACUGAAGAGGGGAACGCACUGUUAUCGAUAAGUGAGAAAAAUGGGAGGUUGAGGGGGCGAAUGAAAAAAAAAAAUAACGGAUGUACUCCGUAAAAAGGCGAAUGCAAUUUAUAAUGCAAAAUUAAUGAAAGGGAACACAACUGACCCAAUUGAUGAAAUUAUUUUGGUAAAGAAGAGACAUAAUAAU